GCACCAAACAUGCUUUCUGUGAACACAGUCUGAGAUUAGAGCAGAUAAAUUGGUGGAUAUGCACACACACCUUCACUGUUGCGCGUCUUUCUAGCGCAUGUAAUUAAGAUUCGAGUUGGAUUUGGCUGUUUUGCCUACAGUGGUUAACUUUUUUUUUUGAGUUAGCUCAAUGGGAAACUGCGGGACCUGGAUUAUGUCCCCUCGUUGUGUUUGUCGUUGCUGUAUUUCUGCCUAGUCUCCCUUGUUACGUGGAUUUGGACAGAGCCCCUAUUGUUCCCAGCCCACUCCUGCCUAAUAUGGCAUUCUCAAGGAACGCUUCAGUUUCCUGAAAACGAGCGACGAGGAGCCGGCGAAUGGAGAAGGCUGACCUAGAGAGUGAGAGACAAAAUGGGAAAAAUCGAGGCACCCACAGAAAGUGUUUGAGUGUCGGACACGGAGAGGGUUGGAUGAGAGCUGGUGGACUGAGUGUGUGUAAAUGCAGGCGGAUCCGCAGGCGGGUUGUUUUGGAAGCGGGACGCAAAACAGUGCGGUUUACCGAGCAGGCGGAUUAGUACGAGGCUUGAGAAGUCAUCCUGAGGGGUUUGAACUCGUUUAACUGAAGGCCCUUCUUACAAAACGUCCUCUUAGAGACUACAGAAGGACAGGGAUUAACGUGGUCCGUGCGCUAAAAGGGAAGGAGGUAGAGAGACAGCAGCACCAUCAUGCCUGGCCGUAGUUCCAGAAGGGAGCAGCGCACCGGGGCAGAGGACGGAGCGGACAGUGGAGAGCCCUUUACCGCCUCUGUCAAAAAGAUGCUGAAGUGUGUGGUGGUCGGAGACGGAGCUGUUGGCAAGACCUGUUUAAUCAUGAGCUACGCCAAUGACGCUUUCCCCGAGGAAUAUGUACCGACUGUGUUCGACCACUACGCAGUAAAUAUUACAGUGUCUGGCAGACAGCACUUGUUGGGGUUGUACGAUACUGCUGGUCAGGAAGACUACAACCAGCUGCGGCCCCUUUCCUACCCCAACACUGACGUGUUUCUUAUCUGCUUCUCCGUGGUGAACCCGGCUUCAUAUUACAACGUGCAGGAGGAGUGGGUUCCCGAGCUCAAGUCUUGCAUGCCUCGUGUGCCGUACAUCCUCAUAGGCACACAGAUUGACUUGCGAGACGAUCCAAAGACACUUGCCCGUUUGCUCCAAAUGAAGGAGAAACCACUGACAUAUGAACAAGGCCUCAAACUGGCCAAAGAGAUUGGAGCGCAGUGCUACCUCGAGUGUUCCGCACUAACACAGAAGGGGCUAAAGACAGUGUUUGACGAGGCCAUCCUGACAAUCUUCAGCCCCAAGAAACAGAAGAGGUGCUGUAUAUCAUGCAGGAGCUGCUGUACUAUUGCAUGAUCACAGUGCCAUGAGGCAUAUCACCCUUAAAAUCGGUCUAAGACACGGUUCCUUCAGUACCUGAAAGGGGAAAUGACACACAGCCGAGGGCCUUCAGCACCUUCAGUUCAAUAAGUAUUCUGCGUCACCUCAACUUUCAUGAACACGAGAAAAAAAAAAAAAUCACACUUCUGUUCCUUUAUUAAUUAUUUUUCGCCCUCUGGGUUUACUGCUUUUAGCUGGGUUUUUCACACAUUCUGUAAAGCACAUUUUCUGGACUCGAACAGACGUUGACAUGAACAAACAAGACAUGCUUUACUGGUUUGGAGUGGAUAUAAAUGAAAGCAAUGUGUUUAUCAGUUGUGCUCUCAUCCAACUCCUAAUAGUGUGAUCAAAAAGGUUUCCUUUGGGAUUUGGAAACUCCAAACUAUAUCUAUAGAUGACUACAUUGAUUUUUUUUUUUUUUUUUUUUUAAGCUCGACACAAGUGCCUCGAUCAACAACCCAGUAUUGUUCUUGUGCUCAUACCAAAGACAGUUUGCUUUCUUACCUUAAGCUUUAGACAAGCAUACAGGUCUCUGAAUUGCCACAGGGAGACUUCCCCAAUUACCAGUCUAAUAAAAGUCUUGUUUUUCAUGAGCUAUUUUUAGUUUCAUACAUUAUAGGCCUUUCAAAGGCCCGUGAAACAAAUGUUGAAAAUCUAUUACUCAGUAAAAGCCUGAUUGUCUUGGAUCAAUAACAUGCUCUUUUGAAUAGCUGUGGUCUGAGAUAGUUAAUAAGGGAAAUUCUCAGGAGGUUGGCCAAAUGAUCAAUAGGAAAGCAGAUACAGGCAGGAAAUGGUAGAAAUGGGAAAACAAUUUAGUUUUCAAGAUGAGUGUUUCAAACAACACUUACCCUAGUGGUGCUACACAUGACAUUGUUCAAUUCAAUUAAAUAUUAUUUGUAUAGCUCUUUCAACAAUGGACAUUGUCCCAAAGCAGCUUUACUGAAAUAAUUACAUUACAACAUGAAUUCUAGCGUCACAAAAUUGUCCCUCUAAGUUUAUCCCUAAUGAGCAAAUUGGUGGCAGUGGUGGCAAGGAAAUGAGGUAUGAGAGAAGAAAUCAGGCUUCAAAGGGAACCCAUCCUCAUCUGUGUGACACAGUGUUCCAUCAUUAGUGAGGUUAUCUAUUGUUUAAUGAUGGGCAUUUAAGUGCAACGCUGUUAAAGGUAAUUGUGGACCUAAACCCAUUUUAGCAAACUGUUUACUUUAAUUACUCCAAAUCCAUCAUUAUGGAUCUUAAGUUUAAUCCUCCACAGCAAUUUAUGGAGAAACAACUAAGGAUUUCAGUGGCAGGAGUGCAAACAUUGCAGCCAACAUUUACAGCACAGGAAACACCAAAACAUUAUCUGUCCAUCCCCCGUUUCUGCAAUAAUUCCCACGCACAGGGUAGACAGUAAUGCCCAUAUUCGUACCCAGAGUUAGAGGCCAAUUUUUUUCUCUCCCUUCCGGUUACAGAUGUCUGUGGCAUCAUCAGUAUUCAAACUCACAUUUUGACCUGUAACAUCACAAGACCGUGGUAUCUGGUUGGUGCUUAUUUUCACAUAGUGAACACAGAAUUUUAAUCUUUCUUUUUUUUCUAAUGCUUUUGUGAUCAAAAUUCAUUUGCUACGGUCUAUUUGUAUUUUGUAUGUUGCCACUCCUGCAAUAACGGUGCUUGGGAACUCCACAGGAUGUGAUUUUGCAUUUUAACACAACAAAGACAAAAGAUUUUCUCAUCUCCAACAGCAAUCAUAUACUGGUUUACUUCUCCUUUCUGCCAAAUCCACCUCCUUCUUUGACCUUCUUUAAGAACUACCUAAUCACAUACAGCUUUGCCUUUCUCCCUCAUUUUUUUCCCCCAAAGGUCUCAUGGAGCAGCCAGGGCUCUACAUCAUGCUAAAUCUCUGAACUCCUUCCCUUCAAGAGCUUUAGUGUGUUGCUUCGUAUUAAAAAUAAAAAAGAACAGUGCAGGAGUUUAGAUACAUUCUCACAUUCACUUAUAGCUUUCCAGCUUCUGAAAUAACACUAAACACCCAAAUCUUUACUCAGUACUACUUAAAUGUGCUCCUGCCCUGGCAUUAAUCUGAAUUGCCCUGUUGUACACUGGUUGCUUUUAAGUGGCACCUCAGGGACGAAUUCUGAUGCGCGAAACCUCCUCGCGAAGACGAAGAGAAAAAGGCCCAUUAAACACAGGAGGAAUGAGCCUGAAUCCACGUGCCUUUCAUGUAGCACAGAGUUGGUUUAUUUUAUAUAUCUUCUUUUCAGACACUGUGCCUUACAUCAUCCUAUGCAACAAAUUGUAUAUUGUAAUCAUACAUAGAGGACCAGCAGCAGCUCUGGCCACAUUUACAAUAACUUAAACUGUGUAACCUUUUUUUAAAUUUAGAUUGUGGUGACUUUUGUAUAUGUAUUGGUUUGUACAUUAUACAUAAAGACAGCAGUUUUAGUUACUAUGUCAGUAUGUGUAAUAAACUGUCAACUUGG